CUCCCCUCCGCCGAGCCACCCGACCACCCAAACCCCAACUCGCCGAACGGAGGAGAGGUCGAGAGAAGGAAGAGGGAAGAGGGAAACGGAGCAAGACGAGGCCGAACGCUUUAGCAAACACGCGGAGAAGGAGAAUGCGCGCAACCUCGCGCGCCACGCCGCCCGUGUAAAUCUAUUGGUGGGAUUUUCCCUUCGGUUCCCCAAGAGGCGGAAGGAAGAUUGGCCGGAUAAGCCGGAGGCCACGGAGGGGCGGUGACGAGCAGAGCGGCCACGGCGGCCGGAAUGAAGGGCGGCGGCGGUGGCGGCAAGGAGGCCGUCACCGCCUCCAUCCUCCGGUUCCUCCUCCUGCUCCUUCUCCCCCUCACCGCCCUCUAUUUCUUCUACACGCUGCACCUCCUCCUCGCCUCCGCCGCCUCGUCAUCCUCCUCCUCCUGCCCACCUGACGCUGCCUCCUCCUCCUCCUCCGUGCGCUUGUCGACCAAUGGCACCAGCGCGGGUGCUGCUGCGGUGACGGUGGCGGCAGGGAAGAAGGCCCCCGCCGCGGCCUCCACGGAGACGACGCUGCAGCAUGUCGUGUUCGGCAUCGCGGCGUCGUCGCGGUUCUGGGACAAGCGGAAGGAGUACAUCAAGGUGUGGUGGCGGCCCCGCGGCGCCAUGCGUGGGUACGUGUGGCUGGACCGCGAGGUGCGCGAGUCCAACAUGUCCACGGCGCGGACGGGGCUCCCGGCCAUCAGGAUCUCGUCGGACACCUCGGGCUUCCCCUACACGCACCGCCGCGGCCACCGCUCCGCCAUCCGCAUCUCCCGGAUCGUCUCGGAGACCUUCCGCCUCGGCCUCCCCGGCGUGCGGUGGUUCGUGAUGGGCGACGACGACACCGUCUUCUUCCCGGACAACCUCCUCACCGUCCUCAACAAGUUCGACCACCGCCAGCCAUACUACAUCGGCUCCCUCUCCGAGAGCCACCUGCAGAAUAUCUACUUCUCCUACGGGAUGGCGUACGGCGGCGGCGGCUUCGCCAUUAGCCGGCCGCUCGCGGAGGCGCUCGCGCGGAUGCAGGACGGGUGCAUACGCCGGUACCCCGCGCUGUAUGGUAGCGACGACCGGAUCCAGGCGUGCAUGGCGGAGCUGGGCGUGCCGCUCACCAAGCACCCGGGUUUCCACCAGUACGACGUGUACGGCGACCUCCUCGGCCUCCUCGCCGCCCACCCGGUGGCGCCGAUCGUGACGCUGCACCACCUCGACGUCGUGCAGCCCCUGUUCCCGAACGCCAAGUCGCGCCCCGCCGCGGUGCGUAGGCUGUUCGACGGGCCGAUCGAGCUGGACCCGGCGGGGAUAAUGCAGCAGUCCAUCUGCUACGACGGCGGCAACCGAUGGACGGUGUCAGUGGCGUGGGGGUUCGCCGUGCUGGUGUCCAGGGGAGUAAUGUCGCCGCGGGAGAUGGAGAUGCCGGCGCGGACGUUCUUGAACUGGUACCGCCGUGCCGACUACACGGCGUACGCGUUCAACACGAGGCCCCUGGCGCGAAGCCCGUGCCAGAAGCCGGCGGUGUACUACCUCUCAUCGGCGCGGCGCGCGGCCGCCCUGCGCGGCGGGGACACCACGGUGACGCGGUAUGAGCGGUGGCGCCGCGCCAACGAGACGCGGCCCGCGUGCCGGUGGAAUAUCGCGGAUCCGGACGCGCAUCUCGAUCACAUCGUCGUGCUCAAGAAGCCCGACCCCGGGCUAUGGGACAGGUCUCCAAGGAGAAAUUGCUGUAGGGUGCUAUCUUCGCCCAAGGAAGGGAAGAAGGGAGGGGACAAGACGAUGACCAUCGACGUGGGAGUAUGCAGGGAUGGCGAGUUCAGCCAAGUUGUGUAAUACUGUAACCUAGCCAAAGUGAAAUAGGAUGAUUCAAUUUUUUUUCUCUUCUGUUCUUGUAUUCUUCUCGGAAGAUUACAAACUUGUCAUCUCCUGCCGCGUCUUCUUUUCGCCUCACGAGUCACCAACUACAAAGAACUCGAAA